UUUUCUCUCUCUUCCCUCCCUGAAGGCUGAAGCCCUAACUCUCUCUCACUCUCUCACUGGACUGUGGAGUUUAUCACUGCAAUCGGUGCUAUUUCUUUUACAUCCAAAACCAAACCCUAAUUGCAGAUACUGAAAGCGAGGAUGGGGAAUACGGAGAAGCUGAUGAACCAGAUAAUGGAGCUGAAAUUCACUUCGAAGAGCCUUCAGCGGCAGGCGCGAAAGUGCGAGAAGGAGGAGAAGGCGGAGAAGCUCAAGGUCAAGAAGGCCAUCGAGAAGGGUAACAUGGACGGCGCCCGAAUCUACGCCGAGAAUUCCAUCCGCAAGCGUAGUGAGCAGAUGAACUAUCUCCGCCUCGCCUCCCGCCUCGAUGCGGUCGUAUCUCGCCUGGAUACCCAGGCAAAGAUGCAGGUCAUCGGAAAAUCCAUGGGCUCGAUCGUCAAGUCCCUUGACUCUGCUUUGGCCUCAGGAAACCUUCAGAAGAUGUCCGAAACGAUGGACCAGUUCGAGCGCCAGUUCGUCAACAUGGAGGUCCAGGCUGAGUUCAUGGAGGGCGCCAUGGCUGGAUCCACCAGCCUCUCCACUCCUGAGACGGAGGUCAAUAGCCUCAUGCAGCAGGUUGCAGAUGAUUAUGGACUUGAGGUCUCUGUUGGCCUGCCCCAACCUGCUGCUCAUGCCAUUGCCACUUCUAAAGAGAAAGAGAAGGUUGAUGAGGAUGAUCUCUCCAGGCGUCUUGCCGAGCUUAAGGCCAGGGGAUAGAUGAUGAUGAUGAUGAGCUCAUUAUAUGUUUCUAGGUGAUUAUUGAUAUUCAAUCUCGCCGCUUUAUCUUCGUUUAUUAUGCAUAUAUCUAUGUAGUGUUUUCAACUUUAGAAUGUUAUGCUAUGCUAUGCUAUGAUAAUAAACGAGUGCUGUUUGGAAAACUCAUGUAUUGACAAAUAUGGUAAUGCUUCUUAUCAUUUGUUGAGCUGUUUAAUUCA